CCUCCAACACAGUAACAUAGUUCUAGGGUUUAGGACGCAGGUAUUUCCGGCCUAAACGCGCUCCUGACGCAGCAACACCUCCUACAAAGAAGAAGACGACGACGAUAGACAUUGAUGAAUAGGUCGCCCUACUUCUCUCUCUUGUCCAAAGCCCUCGCCUUCAUCCCUCGCAGCCGUCCGGCCGAUGCUGUCCAUUUUCUCGCAAGCCACUCAUACUCCGCCGCCUCCGGAGCUCCACAGAGCAGCCUUAUGGCUGAUUACCUGGUCAGCUCCUGUGGCUUCGAUCCUGAUCAGGCGGCCAAGGCGUCGAAGCUCCUCGGCCGCAUCGAAUCCCGCCACCAGCCUGACUCCGUCCUUGGCUUAUUUAAAAGCUACGGUUUUGACAACACCCACUUGAAAAAGGUCAUAUCUGCAAACCCCCGGUUGCUUCUUCUCGACGUGGAGAAGACCCUGGCCCCAAAGUUCCGAGCUCUGCAGGAUCUGGGCUUCUCCUGCUCCGACAUCACCCACCUCGUCAGAUCGAAUAACCACUUCAUCAGCCACAAAUCCCAGACCAUCUUGUCCAAGAUCCAAUUAUGGCAAGGCCUCCUCGGGUCCAACGACUUUUUGGUGAACUUGUGCAAGAACAACAGGAGGUUUCUCGGGUAUAGCAUCGAGAAGAGGAUCCAGCCUAACAUUGAAAUUCUAAGGGAUUGCGGGAUCACGGAUCAGAAGCUCUCAAUGAUCCUACGGCAAUAUCCCCUCCUCAUAACCCGGAAUGCUGAAACCCUGAAGGCGUUAAUCAGUCGUGUCGAGGGUUUGGGAGUACCUCGCACCUCGGGGAUGUUCCUCCUGAUCCUGAGUGUGCUCCAGAGCAUCUCCGAGAAGAACUUCAAGGCUCACUUGGAGUUCUUCAAGGGCUUCGGGUGGUCCGAGGAUGAUUUCCUUGCUGCAUUCAGAAAGGCUCCUACGUUUGUGCGAUUUUCUUUAAAGACUUUGCAGAGGAAGAUGGAGUUCUUGGUAAAUGAAACCAGAUGUGCUCCAUCUUAUCUUGCACUUCGGCCAGUUAUUUUGUUGAUGAGUUUGGAGAAAAGGUUGAUGCCAAGGCAUCGGAUUGUGACAGGCCUGAAGUCUAGGGGAGUUUGCAUCAGUAACCUUAGUAUGUCUACAUACAUGAAAUAUCCAGAGAAGAAAUUUGUGGAGAAGUUCGUCAACUGCUACAAGGAGUAUCCAGAACUCAUUGAGUUGUAUAAUGUAGCCCCCAAACACAGAACUGCACUUUGAUCGUGAAAAUGCAUAAUGCAUAGCACAAGCUUUUGUACCAGCAAGUUAUGUUUCCAGGUUCCAAUUUUCCACUAUCUGCAUAACAUGAUCUACAGUUUGCAACCAAAUAAUUCCUGCCAUUUACUUC